ACUUAUCUGACUCAACGACAUCCCAGUAGUCGAGUGUUCAUAGCAAGGCACCGCCACGUGCACAACCCUGUACAUCGUCAAUCGUCAAGUAUGAAGCUGGAGUUAAGGCUACAAUCUUGGGGUCUAGCUGUCCUCUUAGUACUGGUGCUGAGGCUUCCACCAGAGGUGGACGCAGUCUGCGAGGUGGGGUGGACAGAGUUCGACCACAACUGCUACAACUACGUGUCGACUAAAGCAACCUUCCCCGAGGCUAUGGGUCUCUGCAUUCGAGAAGGAUAUGAUCUUCUUGAAAUCAACUCUGCUUCGGAAGCUUCGUUCAUUCAGAAAUUUGUUAAGGCCAACAACAGUACCAGUGCGUGGAUCGGAGUGAAUGACCUGGUUGUAGAGGGUCAGUGGGUAUCCAGCUCUGAACUCACACCACUGAAAUACAAUAAUUGGGGACCUAAUCAGCCUGAUAAUUAUGAAAAUGAGGAGGACUGUGCAGAAUUUUAUCCAAACCUAGAUUGGAACGACUACAGUUGUCGAAAAAGAAAUGACUUUAUCUGUGAAGGACACGAACUGGAGUACUAGAGUUGAAGUGAAGAAUUAAUACACGUUUGACAGGAGAUAUGGAAACACUGACUGCAAAUAGUCUUCUGAAACAGAUUGGUAGAAGUGAGUCAUUCAUUACCUGUUAGAAUCUGACACUUGAUGUGAAAAAUAAAAGUUUGAAAACAUUA